GCAGCUGAUACUCAGUGACAGCAUUGGUUGCUGCAGCAGGAAGAGAUGAUAUGAAGUGCUGUUAAUCCUCUGACACCGUGCCCUGGAUCCUCAUGGUAUGUCUGAAGGACACAUCUCUGUAUGUUCUGGAUAUGCCAGGUGAAGCCCAAGAAUAACUUUCCACGGGAGUUUGUGACCUCCUAAAGAGGAAGAAGUCAAGAGAGGGCAACUUUUAGUCUAUAUUUAGCCCUAGGUUGUCCUCAUGAAUACUCCCGUGGAGAAUGUCCAUGAUCUUCUUUGCCUGUGUGGUGCGGGUGAGGGAUGGGCUUCCCCUCUCAGCCUCCACAGAUUUCCAUCUCAACCAGGACUUUCUGGAAUGCAGGAAGAGAUUGAAGGCGUUAUCCUCGAUCCUGGCGCGGUAUCCCAGCCGGGGCACGGCGAAAGGACGUAACCUGAGCAUUCAUUUCCUUUCUUCUGGGGAUAUUGCCUGCAUGGCAAUCUGUUCCAGCAGCUACUCAACCAUCAUGGCCUUCUGCUUCCUGGAAGAGCUUCGGUGGGAAUUUGCUGCUUCCUACAACACGAGGAGCAUCAAUUCAGCUUCCAGACCAUAUGCAUUUAUUGAAUUUGAUAACAUCAUUCAGAAGGUGAAACACCAUUUCAACAGCACCCGUGGCUCCCGGGCCAGGGGCAGCUGGGAGAGGGUGGAGGAGGAGCUGAAGCUGCAGCCCCCAGUGCAGCUGCAGCUGGAGGCCACAGAGCUGCUGAACGGGCUCAGCAAUGGAGGGCACGCAGGAGGACAUGUGGAGGUUGUCCCUACAUACAGAAUGCAGCCUGUGACGCCCCUGGGGAUUCUGUCACUUGUUCUGAACAUCAUGUGUGGAGCUCUGAACCUGAUCCGAGGAGUUCACCUGGCAGAAUAUUCCUUUCAGGAGGACCACGAAGGAAUUGGAAAUGUGAUAGCUUUUUUUCUACCUUUUCUAGCCUGUGUUUUUCAGUGUUACCUGUACCUCUUCUACAGCUCAGCCAGGAAGGUGAAGACAUUUGUGCUCCUUUUCUGUGUCUGUUCAUGCAACAUCUACUUGUAUGGAUUACGGAACCUCUGGCAAAUCUCCUUCCACAUAGGAGUGGCUUCUCUUUCCUCCUACCAGAUCCUGACAAGGCAGCUCCUGGAGAAGCAGCCUGACUGUGGUGUAUGAAAAAAAACUUGGGGUUUGCUACUCUGUUUUUACAACUUUUUUUUUUUUUUUUUU